AUGGGUGAUCCUGCCCCCGUAAUCCAAGUUAACGCCAGCGCAGCCAACUUUCUGCAACUCCCGAACAACUUCGACUUCUCAAAACCAGAAACGUGGCCCACCUGGAAAAAACGUUUCAUGAGAUAUUUAAACGUAGCAGCCCUGUCGGCGAAACCAGCAGUGGAGAAGAUCGACCUCUUGCUGUACGCGAUGGGAGAAAAAAGUGAGGAGAUCUAUAUGCAAGUGAUGCCAGAGCCCGACGGUAAGAGUUUCGAAGACGUGAUGCAAGCCCUCACGGACUAUUUCGAGCCAAAGAAAAACGUUGUCUUCGAGAGGUCUCGUUUCAACUCUCGAUCUCAGCUCGCCGGAGAAACAGUCGACCAAUACGUCACAGCGCUGCACGUCAUGGCAGAAAAGUGCAAUUAUGGUCAGCUAAGGGACGAGUUAAUUAGAGACCGCAUCGUCAUGGGGCUAGCAGAUACGCGAACAAAAGAGCGCUUGCAACUCAAGUCCGACCUAACCCUAGAUUCCGCCGUGACUAUCGCUCGCCAAACCGAAGAGCAGCGUCGGCAAGUAAAAUCUCUACCGGCAGCUCCCGAAGUUAUCGACAUCGAUAGAGUGAAAGUCGCUACCGGCGGUGGCCAACGCUCCGCGCCGAAAGGACAAAAAACGGAUUGUUCGAGAUGCGGCCUGAAAUUCCACAGAAACAACAAUUGUCCGGCGCUAACCUCAAAGUGUCGCAGCUGCGGAAAAAUCGGUCAUUGGGACAAAGCCUGCCGAUCAAAAUCGGUGAAUCUCGCACAUGCCGCAACAAGCGAGGUUACAGACAAAGAAGAAGAAGAGACCAGCAAGGCUUAUUUCCUGGGGAACGUCUCGCAAAGCGGAAGCAACAACGACUUCGACGUGAAUGCCUUCAUCGUCGAUUUUCAGCAGAGCAGAAAAUUCCACAUAGAUACGGGGGCAGACAUAACCUGUGUGAAAUAUUGCGACGUCCCAGUAAGCGAGCUCGGUAAGAUAAUUCGAAAAAAAAUGAAUGUGCAGGGUCCCGAUGGGAAAUAUUUAGAUGUAGUCGGAGUGCUGCCCGUAACGAUAAGAAUCAACAGUCAUGCUAAACAGGUGCCAUGUUGCAUAAUAAAAAACCUUCGGAAGAACCUUUUCGGAAAAGACGCGAUUAAAAUCUUUAACCUGGUGCGAAUAAUGGGCCCGCUCCAGGCUAGAGAAAAUUCGUCGGUGCGCAUCGAGCAAGAAUUUCCGGAAAUUUUUAAAGGCCUCGGAAAUUUCAAGCAAGAAUUUAAAAUUCAUCUAAAGCGCGAUAUUAUUCCGUUCAGCCAGUCAGUCCCUCGAUCAGUACCGAUACCGCUGCUUCCUAAGUUAAAGAUCGAACUAGCCAAGAUGGAAAAAGACGAUGUAAUAGAGCGCGUAAAAGAGCCGACAAAGUGGUGUAGCCCUAUAGUUUGCAUUCCGAAAGGCGAAACGGUUCGAGUUUGCGGAGAUUACACUCAGGUCAAUAAGAACAUACUAAGGCCUGUCUUCCCAAUUUUAAAUGUCGAUAUUUCUCUGGCACGUAUGAGACGGGCUAAAUUCUUCAGCAAACUAGACGCUAAAUCGGGAUUUUACCAGAUAAAGUUGGAUCGCGAGAGCCAAGAACUAACGACUUUCAUUACCCCGUUAGGGAGAUAUGCGUUUAAAAGACUACCGUUCGGAAUAAAUUCAGCGCCAGACUUGUUCGCGGAGGUCUUUUCGAGAAUUUUUGACGACAUGGCAAACGUAAUCGUUCACAUGGACGAUAUACUGAUCUAUGGGGAAUCCAUGGAGCAGCAUGACGCGACCUUGAGAGAGGCUCUGAAACGUAUCAGUAAGGAAGGAAUAACGCUAAAUCAGUCAAAAUGUAUAAUCGGCGUGCAAGAGGUGCAGUUCCUUGGGCACUUAGUCUCAGCUCAGGGCAUAAAAAUUUUGCCAGAAAGAGUUUCGGCCAUACAAAAUUUUCCGGAGCCUACAAACAAAACGUCCUUAAUGCAAUUUUUCGGGAUGGUCAAUUUUGCCGCAAAGUUCCUUCCGAACAGGUCUACUAUCCUUGAACCCCUCAAUUUUCUCUUAAAGAAAAAUUCAGCGUUCGUGUGGGACUCAGCUCAAAAAAACGCGUUUCGGGAAAUAAAAGAACUUUUAGCAGCAGCUCCCAUCCUGGCUCUGUACGACUAUUCAAAACCUAUAUGGAUUCAAGCAGAUGCUUCAAGCUACGGUAUCGGUUUUGUUCUUUUGCAGGGGAAUAGCGAGGAGCGGCAGAUUGUCGCCUACGGUUCGUACACUUUAACACCUACAGAACAACGUUAUUCCCAAAUUGAGAAAGAGGCUCUAGCCUUGACGUACGCAGCCGAAAAAUUCGCGGAUUAUAUAGUUGGAAUCACGAUAACCUUCGAAACGGAUCACAAGCCCCUCCUUCAAAUUCUUCAAACAACGCCUCUGGACGAUUUAACGCCGCGUUUGCAACGUUUCCGUCUUCGCCUUAUGCGUUACAGCUAUACCGUAAAAUACACCCCCGGAAAAUCCUUGGUACUGGCCGAUGCUCUAUCUCGCAACCCAGAAAAAAGAAACGCGAAUACCAAUGUAAUCGAACAGGACACUUCUGAUUUUGUAUUGGCCACUAUCAAGAGCCUUCCAGCCUCUAAUGACAUGUUGCAUAAAGUCCGCGACGAACAAGGAAAAGACGCAAUUUGUCAGCUACUAAAAAAGUUCUGCGCAACCAAAUGGCCGUCGAAAAAUCAGAUCCCGACCGAGUUGAAAGAGUACGCGCCACUCAAACACCACUUCUCGAUCGGCGACGAUCUCCUACUGUACAACAGCCGUUUGGUAGUUCCGCGCAGGCUCCAAAAAGAAUUAUUACUUCGCCUACACGAGGGCCAUUUAGGUAUCACGAGGUGCAGAGACAGAGCAAAACAAGCCAUUUGGUGGCUGGGUCUAUCGACGCAACUAAAAAACCUAAUACUCAAUUGCCCAAAUUGUGUAGAGCAUCGAGUUAACCCGAGCCAACCCUUCAUACAGGAAGACUUCCCGGCUAGACCGUGGCAGAAAAUAGGCAUAGAUCUCUUUAAACUAGACUAUUGGUACGUCAUUAUCACCGACUACUACUCGCGGUACUUCGAGUUUUUCCGUCUCGGAUCGUUAAGCUCGAAAGCGAUCAUAGAGGUUUGUAAGGAAGCGUUUUCAAGGUAUGGUUUGCCGGAUAUCGUUCGUUCGGACAACGGUCCACAGUUCACGUCCGAAUUUAAGCGGUUCGCCGACCAAUACGGAUUUCUAUCGGUGACAAGCUCACCUCACUUCCCGCAAAGCAACGGAGCGGUAGAAGCAGCGGUAAAAACAGCAAAAAACUUAAUAAAAAAGUCCAAGGACGACGAUAUCCACCUAGCCCUGCUUGCAUAUAGAAGCACACCCCUGGAAAACGGUUUCAGCCCCGCAGAAUUAUUUUUGUCAAGACGGAUUAAAUCGAGCAUUCCAACGCUGCCAAGCAGGCUUCUACCAGCUGUCAGCGCUACAAAAAAGCUCAAAGGCGACGAGGCAGCUCGAAAAAUGCGGCAAGCUCGUAAUUUUAACUCUAGACACCGCGCCGUUGAAUUAUCUCCACUCAAAGCAGGAGACCCAGUUUGGAUUAUCGAUCUCAGGACGUAUGGAAAAAUACAAAGCCCUUCAGGCGAGCCUAGAUCCUAUUGGGUACUAACAAGCAACGGAACGAUCCGACGUAACCGUUUUCACCUCGUACCGGCGCCAUAUAAAAAAUUUGAUCCGAGUUCAAGUAACUACAGUCCUGGGGUAGUCGACGAUCCAAGCUCCGGUCCAUCUUUAGUCAAUAAGGGUAGAAGGGUAGAGGAAGCAGAACAAAACAGUAUUCGCCCUAUGGUAGAAAAUAUGCCUCCCAAAACAGCGACCUCGGAUAAGGCCCAAGACGACGAAUCCGGGGCGAGUAGCGCGACGGAGGACAAUCCCGUCGAAACCGUAACCGAGCCACCAAGCGAAAUAACCCGAUCGGAAACCACGUCUAGACCCCAGAGGCAAACGAAUAGACCGUCGUGGUGGAAAGAUUAUUGGACCCCGUCCUAG